AACAGCACAGAUAAACAUCAGAUAAAGACAGUGCACAUAACCAAACCAUAGAGAAAAUAAAAUAUCAUAUACGAGUUGCCUAAUUGCAGUGUUGGGAUUGUGGCAACACCGUAGAUUGAAGAGUAGUAGUUGUCUUCAUCUAUGGUAGUUGGGACUCUAGUACUAGUAAUAAGCCUUGUUCUAUGCUCUAGUAGAACAUAACCUCCGGACAGACGGCAUGUUUUCUUAGGUUAAUCCUGGGUUAAUCGUCCACACACUAGUGAUUUUGUGAAUCGUUUUCGCUUUCGCCUGGCUUAUUUAAAGACACAAAAUGCAGCACGACGAUGUUGUGUGGAGCAUCAUCAACAAGUCGUUUUGUUCAUACAAAAUAAACACUAAAACACAGAGGCUUUGCCGCAACGAGUACAACUUAACAGGUUUGUGUAACCGAUCAUCAUGCCCCCUGGCAAACAGCCAAUAUGCAACAGUUCGAGAAGACAAGGGCAUUAUCUACCUUUACAUGAAGACAGCGGAAAGGAGCGCUUUUCCACGGAAACUGUGGUCCAAAGUGAAACUGUCCCGGAACUUUGAAAAAUCCAUUCAUCAGAUCAAUGAGAACUUGCUCUACUGGCCGGGGUUCAUCAAGUCCAAGUGCAAGCAGCGGUUCGUCAAAAUCACCCAGUAUUUGAUACGAAUGAGGAAGCUGAAGCUUCGCAGGCAAAAAUUGCUGGUGCCCAUCCAGAGAAACGUGGAGAGGCGCGAAAAGAGGAGAGAGGAAAAAGCUCUGAUUGCUGCCAGGAUUGAAAAAGGAGUGGAGAAGACUCUCUUGGACCGGCUAAAGCAGGGAGUGUACCAGGAUUUGUACAAUAUUCCCAUGACGGCCUUUGAGACUGCCCAGGAGGAGAACGAGGUGGAGGACGAAGUGGAGUAUCAGAACGAGAUGGAAAUUGAGGAAGAACUUGAAAACGAAGGACCGGAGUUUGUGGCCGCAGAUUCAGAUGACGAAAGCGACAUUGUAAGACUCAAAAUUUUGCCUCAAUUUCUUAAUUUACUCUCGGUGUUCUUUCAGGAAAGCGACAGUGGGCAGCCAGAAGACAUCGAUUUGGACAGCAGCUUCGAGUCCUCAGAUGGCUCAGACAUUGAGGACAUUGUCAAGCCCACUGCACGAGCCUCAAAGGGCAAGAAACCCAAAACACCUCCGCCCAAAAAGGGCCGAAGGCCCAGAGUGGAGAUCGAGUAUGAAGUGGAAACAGUGUCUCAACCCAUCAAUGUCUCGACCUUUUAAGGAUUUUAAUAAAAAAAAGUUACAAGUC